AGGAAAAUGGGCCAACAUCAAUCCAAAGAGGAGUUGCUAUAUCAGCAAGUGAAUUAUGGAAACAUAGAAGGAAUCAAAUCUCUUCGCCGAGAAGGAGCAGGUCUUGAGUGGAUUGACAAAGAAGGAAGGACUCCCUUGAUAGUCGCGUGCAUGAAUCCCCAACUCUUUAAUGUUGCUAAAACUCUUAUAGAAUUGGGUGCCAAUGUAAACGCUUAUCGUCCGGGGUCGCAUGUGGGAACUCCUUUACAUCAUGCGGCGAAAAGCGAUCUUGACCAAACUGUGAAGUUACUUCUGUCCCAUGGAGCAAAUGCUCUGACGAUGAAUGAUGAUUGUCAGACCCCACUUGAAGUUGCUAGAUCAAAGGGGCAUAGCAAUGUUGUCCGUGCAAUUGAGAGCCAUAUAUGCUUUUUCUCUGGAUGGAUGCGUGAGCUUCAUGGAUCAGGGUUUCUGGAAGCAUUAGCCCCUCAGUGGUUAUCAAGAAAAAUGCGUGACCGUGGGCGAGAGUUUCUGGAAGCGUUAUCCCCUCCAUGGUUAUCAAGAAAAAUUUGGGUUGUGGUUGUCCCUUGUGGCUCUCGUAAGGCUGCAAACCCUAUCAAAUUAGAGGUUGCUGUAUAUUCUAGUCCACAGGAAGCACAGCCUCGUAUAGUUAUUCCACUCUGGAAGGCCGAAAUCGAGGAACCAAGGUUUAACCAGCCCGAUCCUACGCUGGUCAUUUUCAACAAGUCCACUAAAACACGAUAUAAAUUUGCUUCUGCAAAUGAGGGUGACAAGCAGCAACUUCAGACCUUUCAUAGUGCUUGCAAGGGAAUUCGCCAGGUACUGUCUUCUCUGUUACCUGAUGCUUCAACUCUUCCUCCAAAUGCACCACCAUCUGCUGCAGAAGAUAUAGAAUUAGCUAUGGCCAUAAGUGCUUCCAUUCAGUCUGCUAUGGAGGAGACACCAUCCCUAUCUGAUACCCAUCCAAGUGCUGAAGUGGACAACACAAAUGGUUGGGCAAACCACGUAGAUACUAGCAGUCACAAUGGCUGGGGCCAAACAGGAGCUGCACCUCCUUCAAAAGCGAAUAGCAGUGGAUGGCUGGAUGAGCCAAUUAAAGGUGCAUAUAAUGGAUGGGAUGCAUCUGAAGCUGGUCCAAGUAGCAAUCCACCACAGCACAUCCAUAGUCUGCACAAUGCAACAACUCAAAUGGUUCCUGAAACUGCUACUUCAGUUCCAUCAGCUCCUCCAAUUCCUGAAGAGAUUGCAGAUGAUGGUAUUCACUAUCCAUCGAUCGACUUGAAUUCUGUUGAUGUAUCAGUGUCAACUGUGGAAGACCGAACAGCCAGAAAAAAUGAGGGGAAAGAAGAUGGGAGUGCUUCAUCCUCAUGUGUGAUAUGUUUGGAUGCUCCAGUUGAGGGGGCUUGCAUCCCUUGUGGCCACAUGGCUGGAUGCAUGUCUUGUUUGAAAGAAAUCAAAGCCAAGAAAUGGGGCUGUCCCGUUUGCCGUGCCAAGAUAGAUCAGGUUUUGAGGCUCUAUGCUGUGUGAGCAGUGAUUCAAAAUACAUGAGAGUUGAUGGUGGUUCAAAGGUAUGUGGAAUUUUGGGAUACUCACAGUUUUCUCUUUAUUCACCAUCUGGAACUCAUCAUACUUCUUCACCUUUGUAAUGUCCCAUUGUACAUUAUCGGAAUUAGGUCAUCAAUA